CCAGUGUGUUUAACUGACGUGCCUCUGUGCCUCCCCCCGCUCUCAUAUGUAACACGUGGCGACGAUCGGACUCGCGUUUUAAAAAUGACUUCGUCGGUGUCAUUCGGCAUUCUGUCCAAUUUCGACCACCUUUCACAGCACUGGAGUAGCUAUAAAUCGCGUUUAACACAGUGGUUUAUCGCGAACGAAGUCACCGAUGAGUCGGACAAAGCGAAGGUCAAGCGGAGGGCGAUUCUGCUAAGCGCACUCAGCGAGAGUACAUAUAAACUGGCAAGUGACCUGGCAUUGCCGAGUAAUGUAGAAGAAUUAGACUAUGAGAGAAUUUUGAAACUGUUGGACGACCAUUUCACUCCCAAACGGGUCGGGUUCGCAGAAAAGUUUACAUUUUAUUCGGCAACACAAAGGCCGGGUGAAAGUCACACUCAAUGGGCAGCGAGGUUGAGAGGACUAUCGGCACACUGUGGUUUUAAGAAUCUGGAAGAGGCCCUAUUAGAUAGGUUCUUGAUGGGCAUGGCAGCGGGACAUGAGCGAGACAAGUUGUUUGCUCAAAACCAGAGCGAGCUAACGUUAGCGAAGGCGGUAGACAUGGCGGAGAGCGUGCGGUGCGCGCGCCGGGCCGCCGUGGCGGGGGCAGCCGGCAGCGGCACCGCCGCGGCCGCAGCUAACAGGGAUCUCGUGUUCGCGAUUUCCAACAAGGAAAAAUGCAGUGUGUGCGGUUACAGCAAUCAUAAAGCAAUACAGUGCCGUUUUAAAAAUUAUAAAUGCAAAAAGUGCAAUAUGAAGGGUCAUUUGCGUAAAAUGUGCACGACAGAUAGUGAUAAUAAAGUGAAAUGCGUCGAGGAAGGUCAGUGGGAUGCGGAGGACGACGACUUAUUACGUCCAACGGUCACGUCACCACCCCAACCCACUGACCUAUCUCAAACUGUGAUGCGUAAACAGUGCUUACAAGCUAGACAAUAUAAAGGCAACCUAAGAUCGGACAUGAGGGUUAACGAAGCUGUGUGGAUAACGAAACACAUAAAUAAUAAAAAAUAUAUAUGGAUUGAGGGCAACAUCAAAAAGAAGAUUGGAUCAGUACUAUAUGUUGUGUAUGUACCAAGCUUGAACAGUGAGGUCACAAGACACAUCGAUCAAAUUAGGAAAAGAGUAUCGGUGGAAAGGGAUACCACCAACUGGGACCCAGAUGCUGUCCCAGAUUUGCAGCCAGCAGCGGCCGAGACCACCGACUUAGUACCACUAGGGGCUGCAGAGGGCAGUUUUUCCCCGCCGCCACCACAGUCUGCACCAGUGGGAGAGGAAGAGAUGAGGAGUUGCGAGACCAGCGGCUCAGCAACCCCUACCGAGCAGCCGAUGGCCGUGAACUACCGGCGGCGCGAGCUGACACCUACUUAUUCAUAUUCGCCAACGACAGGAACGGAGGACAGCUACAGCACUACUCAGCUCGAUGCCCCUGAGCCUGAUCUUGGGUCUAGCCCUGAACAAUCGCGGUCGCUUUUUAAUUUUAAGAAUCUGUUUUAGUUUAAAAAAAAUAUAUACCUGUUUAUAACCUUGUAUUUGUAACUUGUUUUUUAACUAUAAGGGGAAGGGGUUGUUGUGUAUUAGAAGGUAGUUUACUUUUAUUUUGGAAUAAAGCAGUGUGACGCUGA